AUGGCUGCCAGAUUUUCAGCUGUGUCGCUCCUGCGAACAGCAACCCGCACAACCCUCCAAACCACUCUCCUAACCCCCCGCAACCGCCCCCUCCUCGCCCGCCUCCUCUCCGACCAAACCCGCCAAGCCAUCGACAAAGCCGUCGCCACGGCCCCCGUGGUUCUCUUCAUGAAGGGCACGCCCGAGGCACCCCAAUGCGGCUUCUCGCGCGCCUCGGUCCAGAUCCUCGGAAUGCAAGGCGUUGACCCGGCCAAGUUCGCCGCCUUCAACGUCCUCGAGGACGACGAGCUGAGGCAGGGCAUCAAGGAGUAUUCGGACUGGCCUACGAUCCCGCAGCUUUACCUCGCGGGGGAGUUUAUUGGCGGCUGUGACAUUUUGGUUUCGAUGCAUCAGAGCGGGGAGUUGGCGAAGCUUUUGGCGAAGAACGGAGUGCUUUUUGAGGAGGGGGAGAGUGAGAAGACGGAUGCGUAA